AUGAAGUCGGCCAAGCCGUCGUCAGCGGAGCCUUCAUCGCAUCGCAGGUCCCAGCCUGUGCGGCAGACACGUACGAACCCUCCUCGAAGCUCUGCUACACUGGCUCGCAAUGCCAGCGGCAACAGGGAGUCGUUCGGCAAUGGUGCCACCGGUGACCAAUCCAUCGACAUCUUUCCCGCGAUCACCUUCUUCGCGGACACCAUGACCGCACUGCCAAAGGAGCUCGUUCGACACUUCACAUUGCUCCGAGAAGUCGACGCCAAGCUCUCCGGCCCGCAGGACCAGCUCUUCAAACUGGUCUCUGCCGCCACCAAUGCCCCAUGGCCCGAAACCCGACCACAAAACGAGAUGUCGAGUGUCGCUGCGCCAGCCUCUGCCCCGAUGAGUGCUCAGAAUAGCUCCAGCGGGACCGCGCAGGGCGUUCCCUUGCCGCCUCCUUCGACCGCUGAAUCGAUUGGCACCAGCUCGAGCGUGUUCGACCCGUCCAAUAUCCCCCGCCGACAGCUCUUCCGACAAACCGCAUUCAAGAUCACCGAGAUGCUGGUUGCGCUCGAGGAGAAGAACCACGUCAUCAACACAGCCAAUGAAGCCCUGCAGAAGCAGCUGGCUCGCAUUGAGGAUAUGUGGCCGUACCUUGAGAGCGAGUUCUCUGACGAGGCAAAAUGGGGAAGCACUACACACUGGGCGUACCCCGAGAACCGCACUGGCAAGUCGUCGCACAACGAGCGCGCCCGGCGAGAUGGUGCGGCGGCGAUUUCCGCUGCCGCCCAGGCGCUUGCGGACGAGGCGGCAGCCAGGAGCGAUGCCAGGAAGCAAGCUGUUCAGGCGAAGAAGAAUUCAAAAAACCAUCAUCAGGAUUCCGACUUUGAUGAUCAUGAUCACCGCCACCAGAAGGGCGAGACGAGCAAGAAGCCCGCUGCUAGCAAAGCCCGCAAGACAGCGGAAGCCAAUAGUGUUGGCUUGGGCAUAUCUGCGAGCGCAGCAAGCAAUGGAAACCACCCCUCUAAAAAGCGAAAAGUUGAGAACAUUUCAAACGAGCCGGUACUCCAGGAGCGUGCUAUGAGUACGGUCUUCGGACCCAACGCCUCAAGAGGCAAGCCCAGCAGUGGAAACGGCAGCCCAGUACCCGAAGGACCGAAGAAGCGGAAAGCUCUUCCAACUGGUAGCACACAAGCUAAGAAGAAGAACGGAGCCGCGUCGCCUUCAGUUGCAGGUUCGCCGGUGCUAUCUACUCUACCAGAACCAAAGGGACCAGUGCGCGCGUCCCCUGCCCCGAAUGUUACGCCGCGACCGGUGGCAUCUAGGGCUAGGCAGAAUUCUAUUCAGUCCGGCCCUGAUAAUAAUAAACCAAGAUCAGCGCUACCGACAAGUAGCAAGACAAAUGGCAUACAGGCAGAAGUGCCAGAGCCGGCUCCGCCUGUUAUCACAACCCAGGAGGUCAAUAAUGAGCCAGCGCCGGUCAAGGAACCUGUUCCGGUUGCCAAACCGGAGGCCCCAAAGAAGGAACCAGAGAAGCCAGCAGAAGCCGCACCAGCCCCGCCGCCAAGUCUGGUCAAAAAGGAAACAAAGGCUGAAGAGCUCGAGAGGAGGAAGAGCGAAUCAUUACCCCCUGGAGCUCCGGGUAUUCCAACAGUCACAACGAAGAGCGGACGGGCAAGUAAACCAUCCACACCGGCCAUGGCCAAUCUUCAAGAGCCUCCACGACCGCGCGCAUCCCGGAAUGGAGAUAGCAAUGGAAAGAAGGGCCAUAGGAAGACCAAUUCAAUGGCACAUUUGGCUCCGCCCACUGCGGACGACGAAAUGACGAGCGGCGAUGGGGAAUUCGAUGCCGACGAGCCUACCUACUGCUACUGCAACGGGGUCAGCUAUGGUGAGAUGGUGGCGUGCGACUCUGACGAAUGUACGCGGGAAUGGUUCCAUCUCGCUUGCGUUGGCUUGAAGGUUGCGCCUGGGGAAAAGAGCAAAUGGUAUUGCGAAGACUGCAAGGAACGUCUUAAAAUUGGUAGCAAGAAAGGAAACGGCCGUUGA